UCCGCAACUGCUCGUGCACUGCAUUUACUUUCAAUCCGCCUUCAUGGGCGUGCAAAAUCUGGUCAGGAGAUCUGCUAAACAUGUGCAGUUUUCCAUCACAAAGCAAUACAAAUGUGUCCAUUAGAGUAGCUGCUUCUGCACUUCUUAAGUUUCAUAGGCAAUCUUCCUCAGAAGGGAAAACCACACGUAUUGUGGGCGCAAUGCUUGGUACCAUUGGUGCUCUUGCCGUUGUUUUGGGUAUAUUUUCGAUUGUAAUGUGGCGGAAGCAUCGGCUACGAUCGACUGAGAGGUAUGGAGAUUCCUCUAAUUCUUUUCUUAGAAUGUUUAGCUACAAGGAGUUGAAAAUUGCAACUAGGAAUUUCAGCUCUAAGUUGGGGAGCGGAGGAUUUGGCUCAGUGUUCAGAGGAACUCUAACGGACGGUACGCUUGUGGCUGUAAAGAAAAUGGAGGGUUCAUCACAAGAUGAUAAGCAAUUCCGAGCGGAAAUCAGUUCCCUUGGAAACGUUCAACAUGUAAAUCUGGUCAGGCUUCGAGGGUUUUGUGCAGAAGGAUCCAGACGCUUACUGAUUUAUGAUUUCAUGGCGAACGGCUCUCUGGAUUCUUUACUGUUCACAAGUGACUCAAAAACUGAACGGAAGGUACUUGACUGGAAGACUCGAUUUGAGAUAGUAUUAGGCACUGCAAGAGGGUUACUUUAUCUCCAUGAAGAAUGUAGAGAUUGCAUCAUUCACAGCGAUGUUAAACCAGGAAACAUUCUGCUGGACAGUAAUUUGUCACCCAAGAUAGCAGAUUUUGGUUUGGCAAAGCUGGUGGGUAGAGGUUUUAGCCACGUGCUGACCACUACAAGAGGAACGAGAGGUUACUUGGCUCCAGAGUGGAUCUCCGGUCUUCCCAUCACUCCCAAAGUUGACGUCUACAGUUUUGGUAUGACGCUCUUCGAAAUCAUCUCGGGGCGAAGAAAUCUGGAGUUAAAUGUACAAGAUUCAAGUAAGUAUUACUUUCCUGUGUGGGCUGCAACUCAGAUUAACCAUGGAAAGACGAUUAAUAUUGUGGAGGAGGGUGUUGCAGAGGAGGCAGAUAUUGAAGAGGUGAGAAGAGCAAGUAUUGUAGGUUUGUUAUGCAUAGAAGAGGAUGAGUAUAUGAGACCAAACAUGGGGCAAGUGGUGCGGAUGCUGGAAGGGAAGUUGGAGCCUCGAACUCUGCAGAUUCAGAAGUCUCUACCCGAGGAAGAGCAAGCAGAACAAAGCCAGACUAGUACGGAUAGCUGUGGCAAUGGCAUUAGUUAA